AGAAGAAGAAAAACAGGAGGAAGAGGAGUGAAGAAGAAGAAAAACAGGAGGAAGAGGAGUGUAGGUGAAGAGGAGCCACAGAAGCUGUCACUCGUUUGAUGCGAGCCAAUCAGGAGAGACAGUCUUCAUCAUGGAGGAGUGAGACACAGAAACAAGAUGGCGUCAACCAGAGACCAACCAGGAAGUUUGAACCCACGGCACUUCCUGUUCCUGUUAGGUCUGUUCCUUGUUUGUCCUGAAGGGGGCGUCAGCCUAGAGCUGCUGCCAUCGGCCUCACAAGUUCUACAUCACCCAAACACAAACUUCACUGUGGUGUGUUCGGGCUGGAGUCAGGUGACUUGGCGUUUACCUCGUGACUCACUGUUAGAUGGCGUCCUGGUGGAGAGGCGGGGCUCCAGCAGCAUCCUGCAGCUUGUUAACGCCACCUGGAGGAAUUCUGGGAGAUACACCUGUGAGGAGGCGUCGUCCAAUCAGAGCAGAGACAUCGAUGUCUUCAUACCAGGACAAGGUCCAGAGGAAUGGUUUGUCCCACUGGGUCCAGGUGUGGUGAUGAAGGAGGCGGAGGAAGAUACCAUUCCCUGCGUGGUGUCUGACCCGCAGCUCAACGUCUCGCUGUUCCAACGUCAAGGCAGGACGGCCGUUACCACGACAACGUACGAUCCGGCCCGCGGCUUCACGGGGCGUCUGAACGACACGUCGUACGUGUGCGUAGCUGCCCGCGGCGACGAGCAGAGGGAGUCGCAGGUGUACUAUGUCUUCAGCAUCAUAGUUCCUCAGGUGAUACAGGUGGUCCUGUCUGUCUCCAGUGUCGUGUUGAAACAGGGUGAAGUUCUCACAGUCAACUGUUCAGUCACUGACACAGACAUGGUUUAUUUCACCUGGGAAUUUCCCCGCAGACAGGAAGUGGAGCCACUCACAGACUUCCUGCCCAACAAGAUUCUCUCCUUCAUCAACAUCUCCACGGCAACAGUGGCCGACUCAGGCACAUAUGUGUGUAACGUUCAGGAGACAACGCAAGGAAGAAGAGUGACGAAGAACGUCACAGUGACAGUUCUGGAGCGAGGUUACGUUUACCUGUGGCCGUCAGGUGACACUAACGUGUCGUUGGUCCUUCAUCACACGGUCGAAUUCAGCGUGGAGAUCGACGCCCACCCCGCCCCCACCGUCGUUUGGACCAGAGACAACCGGACUGUUGCCAUGGAAACCUCCUCUGUUACCACCACUCACCUCACAGGCAGCAGGUAUUUUAGCAAGCUGAUGCUGGUUCAUGUCCAAAUGGAUCAGACAGGAAGUUAUGUGGCAACUGUUUCCAAUGACGACGACAUUGCAGAGGUCGUUUUCAAACUGGAGGUCAAAGCGCCCCCUAGGAUCACAUCUCUGUCAGAGUUUGGCAGUGCUGCCAUUUUGUGUGUCAGUGAGGGAGCUCCGCCCCCUACCGUUACCUGGUACACAUGUCACAGCUCGCACAGGUGCAGUAAUGUGACAGGCGGCUGGACGAGCCAAUCAGCAACCUCGGAGAACAUCACUGAGAUGACGGAGAAAGGUGUCGCCCAGGUACACAGUGUGAUGUCACUCCUCGGUCUCAGCUCGGUGACGUUUGUUCGAUGUGAAGUCAAAAACCUCGCCGGACGAAGAGUACGAGACCUGCGAGUACUGACCACAUCUCUCCUGUCUCAGGUGGCGGUGAUGUCCUCAGUCCUGGUCUUGGUCAUCAUCGCUGUCUUCUUCCUCAUUGUCCUCAUCGUCCUCUGGAGAAAGAAGCCUCGUUAUGAAGUUCGCUGGAAAGUGAUGGAGUCUGUGAGUUCUGACGGACAGCAGUGCACCUACGUCGACCCCGCCCACCUGCCUUAUGACUCCGCCUGGGAAAUACCACGAGACAGCUUAGUACUAGGUCAAGUGUUGGGUUCAGGUGCGUUUGGUCGUGUUGUUGAAGCACACGUCUCUGGACUGAAUCACUCUGAUUCUACCACGAAAGUCGCUGUGAAGAUGGUGAAACGGAACAGUGGGUCAGUCCAGUCUCUGAUGUCAGAGCUGAAGGUUUUGGUUCAUCUUGGUCCUCAUCUGAACGUGGUCAACUUGCUUGGAGCCUGUACCGGCCCACCAGGUAAAUCAUUAACCUAA